AUGUUUAAGAAAAAUCAAUUUUGGGAAAGUGUGACAAAUCGGUUAAACAAUUGUUUUAAUAGUUCCUAUACGAAUAAGCAGUAUAAAGAUAAAUUUGCUCAAUUGGUUAAAGAAUAUAACGUGUUUAUAGAGGCAAAAGUAUUUUACUUGGGCAAUUAUUCUAUAAAGACUUCAAAACUUGAUUCUGGCUUAGGCCAA